GGCGGGGAGGGAGGCGCCGCCGCCGCAGCUGCUGCUCCCUGACACAUCCCCCGCUGCCAUAUUGUGCCCGCGCUCCCGGCAGCGCGGCUUCAUGACCGCGUAUAAAAUAAAAUCCUGGAGCUGCUCGUUUGGUAGUUAGGGAGUGCAGCGAGCGGUACGCGCUGUAGGUUAUCCUGCUGCGCGCGGCUUUGCCCAAAUUGGUGGAAAGUUUCCCCAGGAAUGCAGACCAAUAAAGCUAAAUGGGUCCAGUCACUGGAAUGACUCCGGACAGGAAAGCUAAAACGCCAGGAGCAGAAAAAGCUGCAGGACUAAGGCAGGUCCACAGGAUGGGAAGCUUGCCUGAAGCAGGAGAUGCUGGGAGGCCCAAGGCCACGGUGGUGGACAGCGAUUCAACUGAUGACGAACUCACAAAUUUGAACUGGCUGCACGAAAGUACUAACCUUCUCACAAAUUUCAGCCUUGGAAGCGAGGGUCUUCCAAUUGUUAGCCCUUUGUAUGACAUAGAGGGUGACAGCGUGCCAUCCUUCUCGCCGUCCUGCUACCAGAACCCAGAGAAAAAAUCAUCGACUUCCAAACCCCCUUACUCCUUCAGCCUCCUCAUUUAUAUGGCCAUCGAGCACUCCCCCAACAAGAGCCUCCCAGUCAAAGAAAUCUACAGCUGGAUCCUGGAGCGCUUCCCCUACUUUGCCACAGCACCGACGGGGUGGAAGAACUCUGUCCGACACAACCUCUCCUUGAACAAAUGUUUCCGAAAGGUGGAGAGAAGCCAUGGCAAGGUGAAUGGAAAAGGUUCGUUAUGGUGCGUUGAUCCAGAAUAUAAGCCUAAUCUUGUUCAAGCACUGAAGAAACAGCCUUUUCCCUCAGCACUUGCGUUUUAUACUCCACCAGCAUCACCACCGAGUAGGUCAUCGUCUCCUCACUACUUAACUUCAGUACUUAAGCAGAAUCAUGGCCGAUCCCUCAAAGAAUCUGAUAUUGAUGCCGCUACUGCGAUGAUGCUGUUGAAUACUUCCAUUGAACAAGGGAUGCUAGACUGUGAGAAAGCUCAGCCUCUGAAGACGCCUAAGAAGAGAAGCUACGGCAGCGCGUUUAAUCCUUCCAGUUCGAUAAAUUUGCAAGAAAAUGAUUCUGCAGCCACCAAUAUUGAUCCGAAGGAGGAUCACAAUUACAGCGCUAGCAGCAUGGGUUCGCAGCGCUGCGCAUCUAGGUCCAGUGUGUCUUCCUUGUCCUCUGUCGAUGAGGUAUAUGAAUUUAUCUCCAAGAACAGCCAUGCUGGAAGCGAUGGCAGUGAAGGAUUUCACAGCGAAGUGGAUACAGACGUUGACUAUGAAGAUGAUCCUCUUGGAGACAGUGGCUAUGCAUCACAACCUUGUGUAGAUACCUCUGAGAAAAGUCAGCCUAGCAACAAAGCACUCAAGGAGUUAUGUCAAGAAAUUGAUGAGGAGUUGAAAGAAGCAGCAGGGUCUCUGCUCCACCUUGCUGGCAUCCGAACGUGCUUGGGUUCCUUAAUAAGUACUGCAAAGACCCACAGUCACAAGCAAAGGAAAAAAUAGUCUGUUUGUCAAUGUUGAAUAUAUACAUAUAUUUUUUUUAAUUGUGGCAAUACUCUUCUACUUUUACCCUUCGCAAGGGAGAUCAAAGCCAUAAGAGGACUCAUUGCUUUUUUAUUUUUGGCGCUAACUGUAAUUUAGCCAUUUAUUUUUAAAUCACUGCCUAAAAAGAAAGAAAAAAAAAUAAUUUAAUCUUCUCAGAUUAGAAGAGAUGCAUGACUUGUGAAAACCUGAAAGCAUACUUCUUAAUGAUCACUUUUUUCCUUUUUUUUUCUUUUUAAUAGUUACUUUUUUUCCAGAUUAUGUUUGCUCAGAUGCACAUUGUGGAUCAUAUUGACAUCUCUGCUGGCCCCAUGUGCAGAGGUGAAUUUUGCCCUGUCUGAGGGCUCCGACUUCCACGUCAAGAAUUAAAGAGGAGGAGAAAAAAAGAAAGGGAAAUAAAAUGUUCUUGCCUCAGUUGCUUCCUCCUGCUUGCCCUCUCUUUGUUUUUCUGCCACAGGUUUUGAUGGAAAUGCUGGUGAGGCAGUUCCGAGGGUCUGCAGAUUUCAGCCCACCCAGUAAAGUGGCUGAAAAACUGCAGCACUCCCGGAGCUGCUUUCACAAGACGUUGAGUGCCCCCAGGCAAGGAGUAUAACCCUUCCUGGCAGAGCGGGUAAGGGGUAGCUGAGGUGGGUACCACCUUCUGCUUUGUUUUUCUUUCCUGCUGCACCCCUACCACCACCUUGCUGCAUCCAGGUCAGAUUCCUGAAGGAAACGAGCUUUUUCUUGUCAUCUUGAGACAAAUUGUCUGGGGGGUGGCAGAAGGAGGGGUCAUUUCACACCUGCCUUGGGUGCAGCCAGCAGUGAAAGCUGCCAUUUGCCAAGCUAGAGUACUUCUGCUAAUGCAGCCGUUACGUUUUGCUGCUGUCCCACUGCCACACCAACCCUCCUGCUCCCCACUGACAGAGAUGGGUUCAGAGAAUAAAGAACACCGCAGCUUGUCCUUUUUAAACACUCAGCCAGAGGCAGAGGUUUCAGGUGGCUAGGCUGUGAACAACUGCUGGAAGAGCUCUUUACCCCCCUAAUCUGAAACCAAGUAGAAUAGCUUCCUUUUGAAUUAGUGAACCCGAACUUGCAUUUUGGGAGUCUUUGGCUGUCUCUACCCUCUGUGUCCCAGAUCACCGUGCCUUGUGCUCUGUGAGUCCUUUUAGCCUCCUGCCACAUGCAGUGCAUCUAACAAGCAAGGCUAGCCUUUGGCCUCUGGAUGUAAGUUGUAACUCAGGAGGACCUCUCUGUUUUGGGAAGGAAUUCCUUCACAACUCAUUUUUGCAAUAAAAGAAUCUCUUUAGAGUUCCCAGACAUCUUUUGGCCAAAAAUGCUUUAGUGGUAUUAUGAACUUUUUUUCCUCGUUUAUAUUUUUAAUUUUAAAAUAAGUGAUGAUUGAUGAUUUUUUUUUUUUAAGGUUUUCUGUUCAAAGAUGGGUAUGCAGUUCUGUUGGAGUGGGUUUUAACAGUACUGUAAGUAUAAGGAUGCCUUAAGUAUGUUUCAGAAUUGUAGAAGACUAUAAAAGGUCAUCUUUCCUGUUCCGGAAAGGUAGAGUGAUGUGGCAUAGUUUUUAGCUAACACAUUAAGCUAUUGUUUCCAGCAGGUGUUGGGCAAACAAAGCCAGUUAAGAAUUAGAAGUAGGAAAUCAAUGUCCGCUGUUUUGGUUGUUGAAGACAGUGCUGGACUCAGCCAAAAGUUAACUUUUCCCUAGUGGAGUGUUUUUCUGGCUCUUUGGAGGCCUUCUAUAGAUCAGUGUUUUUUUCUUAUUUGUCAAUCUUUCCAUGAGUACUGCCAUAAACUGUCUCCUUUAAAUAUGAAUACAGCCGUGCUGCUGAAGGGCUGUUGCUCUGAGGGCCUGGUUCAGUGCCUCUUGAAGACAAUAGUGGUGCUCCCACUGAUUUCAUGGCUGUUGGAUCAAGCCUGAAAUACCCGAGGUUCUUUUGUAGCAUGUUUUGGAAUUAAAAGCCAACUUUUUUUUUUUUAAGCACAAACACUAGAAAAGGUCUUUUUUCCCCCUCCCCAAUCAAUUACUUCAGUUUUAAGAAUGAAUUGUUUUAUUUCUUGAAAGGGAAGAGAAGUGCUCUGAUGCAUUCCUGCUUCGUGUGAACACCCAUUAGUCUAAUACCCGUAACAGGACACUUUGUACAGAUGUGUAUGUCUUCUGGAUAUCACAAGUGGUGCAUUAGCCGAUUAGAUCUGAUAUUGGAUGUGUUACUGGUGGAUAGUACGGGAAAACUCGCUAUUUAAAAGAAGUUUAAAUGCAGUGGUUCGUAGGAUUUUUGGAUGUGGAGAUGUGAAUGCUUGUUGGAACUGCUUUUUGCUCACAGUUUGCUUUUGUAUCUUGAUGGAAUACUGUAAAGGGCAGAGCGUGUCGAUGCAGAAAAUGAGGAUUCAACUACACAGAGAUCACAGUAGCAGGCUGCAGUUCUGCUCAGUGCCAUGAUUUCAGUGGGGUGCUAUUGAAGGUGGGUGCCAUAUAGGUCAUGCUGGCUUUGGGUGCAGCUUUUCUCUUAACUUCCAAUAAAAGCUGGAUCAAGAUCCAGGUACUCUGGAAACUGUGGUCAUGCUCAGCUCCAUGGUUUGGGUUUGUUUUGAUUCUUUUUUUGCUUUGGAUAACAUCUGAGAACGUUAAUAUUUCUAGGAGCGUGGCUGAAGCUGGUGAUAAUGGCUUCAGCCUUACGGAAGGUAUGGGACUGAGAGGCUGCCAAUGCAUUUAAUGACCACGUGCAAUGAGCAAUAACCCCAUGCUAAUAAACAGUUAACAGUGAAAGCUGCAUCCAUCCCUACAGCCCGAGAGAACUGAAAGUCUGGCAGGGGAAGUCACGCACCCCACGCUCUCCGUGCUUUGAUGGGGAGGGCAGCGGCUCUGUGCACCUGAUGUGCUGCACCACGUUUUCCCCUGCCAUUCCCUGCACAUUUUUGCAGGCAGCAGCUGCCAGCUCGGCUGUGGAGCAGCCCCUCUUUGUAGUCGGAGACCAGCUGCUGUUCCUUUCACUUUCGUAGCUAGAACUGGGUUUGGGUUUGUUUGCCACCUGAGUUAAGGAGCCUGGUGUAUAUAGUAUAAAUGGAAUAUAAUUAAAAGUUAUUUUGACUGUUGGGGUUUGUUUCUUUUUUUAGUGACCUAUGUAAAAUGUUCAUGCCAAUGGUCAACUCAGAUAUACUUUAGCAGCAGUGAAAAGGCAACAAAAGUAUUGGUGAACCACAUUCAAUCCUUUAAAUACAGUGGAGAAGUGUGUGAGACUGGUGUACAAGGGAGGCUGCUCUGCUUUGGGUAAAUUCUGAUGUGAAUACUGUACAAACCUGUACUGGUCUUUCAGACUCAAAUGCUAAAUUAUUGCUUUUGUAAAAGUUGCAUCAAAUGUUUUCAAAUCCGACUUUAAAAUGGUAGUUGCGUGGUUUGCAACUUCAUAUCAGAUGGAAAAGUAAAAGCUUUGGUUAAAGCCAACUACACUCAUACAUGUUAAUAAUGGUGUAGUCAAAAUAUUUAUUGAAAAGAAAAGGUAGAAUAUUUUAAAUGUUGCACCUGCCAUUAUAUCUUAAAGCACAUUCUUCACAGCUACCAGUGCCAUUAUUGUCUGUUUUAUAAAUGUACAUUUCUUCAAACUAAAAAGUGCAUAAUUAAAAGUAUUAUGUUGCUGCCAUAUAGUGAUAUAAAACAUUUUAUAAUUGCCAUUUCAUUGUAACUAUUAUUUAUUUAAAAGUGAAUUGUAAGAAUGCUUUCUGAUCAAAUGAACCAGAGUUGUUUUUAAAAUGUUCCCGUUAGCUUGUUUCUAAUGUAGCAUAAGCAAUGUCCUUGGGUUUGUUUAGAAUAAUUUUGCCAGUAGGUGACCAAUUCUAACCCUUUUUCCUCCAGUUUAGUCUUUUACCCAUUUUAAAGAAUAUUUACAGAAGUUUAGUUUUUUGUAUGCUAAUCUCUGUUAAUUAAAAUGUUUAUAAAGUUUAUUUUUACCAAAGAGAUGCAAUUCAUUAUGACAAAAUAUUGCAGAAUAAACUUUGUUUUAUAACAUUUGUGACUUUUCUGCCCACAUUUUUCAUUCAGAUGAUCAAAGGGGCUUUUAUAAAAUAAACGGCAUUACAAACAGAAA